AUGUCGGAACACAGCAGGAAUUCAGAUCAAGAAGAACUCUUUGACGAGGAGAUUGAUGAAGAUGAAAUCUUGGCCAACUUGUCCCCCGAAGAGCUGAGAAAACUGCAGUCGGAAAUGGAAGUGAUGGCCCCUGACCCCAGGCUUCCCGUGGGAAUGAUUCAGAAGGAUCAGACUGACAAGCCACCCACGGGAAACUUUGACCAUAAGUCUCUUAUGGAUUAUAUGUAUUGGCAAAAGGCAUCCAGACGCAUGCUGGAAGACGAACGUGUCCCUGUCACCUUUGUGCCAUCCCAGGUGGACACUCAAGAACAGCAUGAAGAAGUAGACAAAGGUAAUAAAAAUGUGUCCCAGUAUUUAAAAGGAAAGCUCAACAAUGAAAUCGCUGCAAAUAAGAGAGAAUCAAAAGGCAGCGAUGAUGUCCCAGAAACCAGUGAUGCUGAUGGGGAAGAAGAUGAAGGAGAUGACGAGGAUGAGGAUGGCGAGGAUGAAGAUGAGGAAGGAGAAGAUGACAGCGAAGAGAGCGUGGAAAAGCCACAAAGAGGAGUGCAAGGCGAGGUAAAGGAGCAGAUCAGAAAUGGUGAGAGCAGCCGCCCACAAGUAAAGGCAUUUGGAGAACAGAAAGACAGACCAGAGGCCCAAGAAAAAGGUGAGAAAAAAAUAUCAAAAUUAGAUCCCAAGAAGUUAGCUCUAGAUACCAGUUUUCUAAAAGUGAGUGCAAGGCCUUCGGGAAACCAAACAGACCUGGAUGGGAGCUUGAGGCGCGUUAGACAGAAUGACCCCGACAUGAAGGAGCUCAACCUGAACAACAUUGAAAACAUCCCCAAGGAGAUGUUACUGGACUUUGUCAAUGCAAUGAAGAAAAACAAACACAUCAAAACCUUCAGCUUAGCAAACGUGGGCGCGGAUGAGAAUGUCGCGUUCGCCUUGGCGAACAUGCUGCGGGAAAAUAGGAGCAUUACCACUCUCAACAUCGAGUCCAAUUUCAUCACAGGUAAAGGAAUUGUGGCCAUCAUGAGGUGCCUCCAGUUCAAUGAGACACUCACCGAGCUUCGGUUUCACAAUCAAAGACACAUGCUGGGCCACCAAGCUGAAAUGGAAAUCUCCCGGCUCUUGAAGGCAAACACCACUCUCCUGAAGAUGGGCUACCAUUUUGAGCUCCCAGGUCCCAGAAUGGUGGUAACCAAUCUGCUCACCAGGAAUCAGGACAAGCAACGGCAGAAAAGACAAGAGGAACAGAAGCAGCAGCAGCUCAAAGAGCAGAGGAAGUUGAUAGCCAUGUUGGAGAAUGGGUUGGGGCUGCCACCUGGAAUGUGGGAGAGGUUGGGGGGACCCAUGCCCGAUCCCAGGAUGCGGGACUUCCUCCAACCUCCUCCUCAGCCUCCCAACCCCCAAGCGGCCCCCUUCGGUCAACAGAAUGAAAUGAUCAAGAAGCCGUCGCAGCCUCCGAAGUACAGGACGGACCCUGACUCCUUCCGGGUGGUGAAGCUGAAGAGGAUCCAGCGCAAAUCUCGGAUGCCCGAGGCCAGAGAACCACCUGAGAAGACCAACCUCAAAGAUGUCAUCAGAACGCUCAAACCGGUGCCAAGAAACAGGCCGCCCCCAUUGGUAGAAAUCACUCCCAGAGAUCAGCUCUUGAAUGACAUUCGUCACAGCAACGUCGCCUAUCUUAAGCCCGUGCAACUGCCAAAAGAACUGGCAUAA